CUGUGCGCGCCGGAUUCCGGGCGGGGGCUCCCUUGGCGCCCCGGCUUCCGGCGCUGAGCUCGCUGCCGCCCCAGCGCGGUAUGGAGGCGAAGGAGGCGUCCACGCCAGCUACCGGCGGCGGGUGCUCGGUGUCAGCGGAGGAGAUCGGAAAGUGGAUGGAGGAGGCCAUGCAAAUGGCCAAAGAAGCCCUAGAAAAUAUUGAAGUUCCUGUUGGCUGCCUUAUGGUCUACAACAAUGAAGUUGUGGGGAAAGGAAGGAAUGAAGUUAACCAAACCAAAAAUGCUACUCGACAUGCAGAAAUGGUGGCCAUCGACCAGGCCCUCGCCUGGUGCCGGGCGAGCGGCCGGAGCCCCGCGGCGGUGUUCGAGCGCACGGUGCUGUACGUCACGGUGGAGCCGUGCAUCAUGUGCGCAGCUGCCCUCCGCCUCCUGAAAAUCCCGCUGGUUGUGUAUGGCUGUCAGAAUGAACGUUUUGGCGGUUGUGGCUCUGUUCUCGAUAUUGCCUCUGCUGAUUUACCAAAUACUGGGAGACCGUUUCAGUGCAUUCCGGGGUAUCGGGCUGAGGAAGCAGUGGAAAUGUUAAAGAACUUCUACAAACAAGAAAAUCCAAACGCACCAAAAUCAAAGGUUCGGAAAAAGGAGUGUCCGAGAUCCUGAGUUUGUUCUAACGAAAGACUAAUGCCGCUGGAUGAAAUUCUUGCCUGAGUGCUGGUGACAUCAUUGAAUCAGAUGUUGUAUAUCGUCCUUAACCUGUGGGAAAAAUGGUCUCUCAUCAUUUGCUCUGUUAAAGGAACAAAUGAACACUUUGACAAAGUCUGACAAUUGCAAUAAACUAUUAACUAGUUUUUCCACAAGCUGGAAAGUAAAAGAUUGAGGUUUUAGAAAUUAGUAAGCAGGACAAUGCACUUCUUGCCAAAAGCAUCACCAGUUCAUGACAGUGCUAUCAGAGCAGGUACCUGCAGGUGCAGUUACCUGGCGUGUCUGCGCCAGGCUGUGCCACUGCGGACCCCUGCCCCACGCCUGGCAUUGCAGAAUUGCAUUCUUCAUUCUUUGCAGCCGCCAUGUUCUCCCAGAGUGUUGGGGGCCCGUGACUUUCUUGGAAAUUGUCUACGUUGCAUACCUGUAGACCAUGAUUAUAUGGUCUUUUGAACAGAUUUUUGCCUUUAUAAAGCAUUUAGAGGAAAUGCGUAUUCUAAAACAAGUGCUUAAGUGUCAUUUUAAAUUGCAACAUAUUGCUAAAAUAAAACCGUAUUUGUGCCUUUUUUGAAGAUGGAUAUGUUAAAAAUAGAAGAUAAAAGCACAAAGGGGACAAUUCCUUCUUUGUUAUUGAGCAACUGUAUUGGGAAUCAGUGAACAAAACAAAGCAUGCUGCCCUCAUGGAGCUUAUGUUCUAGCAGGGGAGACAGAUACUAGGUUAGCAUGUGAGAGGGUGGUCCGGAUUAGGCAAAACGAACGGGCAUGCCGUUGGUGGUGGGAAUGCUGGUUGCACAAUUAAAUAGAAUGGUUACUUUGAUCUGAAAUCGAAUACAGUUCUUUCUUUUUAUAAAAAUCCAGAUUUAGAAUUUAAAGUCUGAAAUUGUACAGUGUGAACGCAGCCCUGGGAAGGAUAUCCACAGCCGGCACUCCCGGAUAUUCGCGCUGACUGGAGUGCGGUGCUGCAGAGCUGGGCUGCAGUGCUCCGCGUCUGCCCAGAAGGGGGCCUCCGCGUUCUACCGGAAGCCCGGCUCCAGGCUCUGGACAGCAGCUCCUCAGUUGCAUUUCUUCAGUGGGUUCAUUUCCUUGCUACAAAGCAUCUGUAUUGUUGGUUCUGCCAUUUGAGCGAUGUCUCUGACUUGUUUGUUUUGAAUUACAUUACAGGCUGGAAAGUAAUUGUGAAAGUCUUUUUAUAUUGCUGAGCGUAGCAGCUAAUCACAGUGACAUGCUGCAGAGGAUUUAGAAUUGCUCCAUUUUGUACAUGUGCGUUUUUAACUGCAUUUGAGUUUUAUGGAGAAGAAUAAGCAUGAUUUUAAAUCUAUGUUACAUGUAACUUCUCUUCAAUUUCCCCUUCUUUUAAGAUUAUCCUCUCGUUAAAUUUUAGUGCUUUGACUAGUUUAUUCCUAUGUGUAGUCGGUCAUAAUUCAUUUCUGGCUCCUUAUGCUUUUCGGCAAGCAGACGUCAUUGCACUUAUUGUCUUCAUAUCAUUUUCUGGAGGAUUAUUUGCAGACAAAAAAACUUGGAAUCUUUCCUCCAGAGAAUACCACCCAGUAUGUCUGGUUAAGCAUCGUAUGCCAAGUAGGUUCUUAGUAAACAAGUGUUAAAUAGAAUUAUUAAUUGGAAUUUUUUGGGAAAUGAGCAAUAAGGAGAAUAUCUAGGGUAAAAAGCCAAAACCAAAAAUGGUAUGUGGCUAUUUUAACCCAGAGAUAGUCACUACUAAAAGGAUCUAGAAAGUAAUAAAACUAUAAACAGGAAAGGAUCUAAUAUACUUACCAAUAUAUAUAUGUUCUGGUUUUGUUGUGUUUUGGAGAGUGGGUAUUUUCUAAUUCUUAAGCAUGGCUGGAAAUUUUAAUUUUGGUUAUGACCUUUUUGAUUAUCCAGUGACUGACUUAGAAAAAGUCUCCUAAAUUUUUGGUCUUAGGCACAGUUCCCUGCCUAAUUAUCAUUAUUAUUAUUUUUUUGGUGGGGGUGGGAGGGUGGGUGGUGGUCAGUAUAGAUGGUGUAUUGCAAAUUGGAGGUUGGCACCUCCUGUACUGGUAUAGGACCAUUAUGGGGUCAUAGACAUUAAGGCUGAGGAAUUCUGACGGCAAUUUCGAGGUGGUGGGGAGGAGUUGUGGAUAUAUGAUGAGGUGAUCCUGCUUUCUGUGUACUUCAUUCUCCAGCUACUUAGACAUGGCUUAAAAUAUUAAGAUGCUCCAGUUAAAAAGAUUGACUCCAAAUGAUUGAUAAUGAUAGUGACUAUCUAAGAGACUAGCUGAGAGACUUGCUUUGUGUAUGAGAUAAUUCUGAAAGUUGUGGGAUGCAAAAAGGUUCUAGCAUUUCUACCCUAUUUAGAGAGAUUACUGGCAAGUGAUUGCAUGUAUGUUGCUAGAGUAUCCAAUGUUUACUGGUUUUUGCAAUGGACUCUGCUGAGAAUGGGUGGUAUAUAAUGCUCUGGCAGGCUUCGAUCGCUGAUAAGAGAUCAUGUUAAAAUAUCUUUGCACUUUCAUGUUACUUGGCACAAGCAUCACUUCCUGUGUUGUAUUUGGAAUAUCAUGGAGACAUAAUAGACAGCCAAUGUAGGCAAGAACUAUUCAUUUUUCCUUAAAUUCUCCGUUUGGAAAUAAUUUCAAAUGAUAGCAAAGUUGCAAAAAUACCCAUGUAUCCCUUAUUCUUCAAACCUAUUGUUAACAUUUUUCACCUUUAGUUUUAUUAUUUGCUCACUUUCUUCUUUCUCUAUUGAUAUAUAAUGGUUUUUCUGAACCAUUUGGUACAAAAUUACAUGCAUCAUACAUCCCGGUCCUUUACCCUGAAAUGUUUCAGUAUUUCCUAGGCAUGGGAUAUUCUCUUAUAUAAUCACAUUGAUA